UUAGUCACCGGGACCCUCCCCCUGUGCCGGCGCUCGGCUCCGCCGCGUUCAGCGGCCGCGUCAGCCCGGCGGUAGCACCGCUCCUCGCUUCCCGCGCAGCCGACGGGACGCGGCGCCUCCGUGAGGCGCGGGCAGCCGCCGAGGCUGAGGCGGGGGUCGGGGGGUGUGUGUGCGUGCGUGGGAUGGAGGGACCCGGGCUGCACCUCGCGGGGCUCUGCGCGGCGGCCGCCCUCCCUCAGGGCGGCGGGGCGGGCUGCCGGCGGGCGGCGUGAGGCGGCAGAGUUGCCCCGGGUGUCGUCCCCCCCCCCCCCCGCCCCGCGCGGGGAAUGAGAGGCGGCGCCGCGGGGCUGCCGGAGCCCGCCGGGACCCACCAUGCGGGAGCUGGCGAUCGAGAUCGGCAUACGGGUCCUGCUCUUCGGGGUCUUCGUGUGUCUCCUACAAGGAAAACUUUUUCAUCUGUUUCAAAAGUUUUAGAAGACCACAUCAUUGUCUUGGUAGGAAGAUAGAAGAAUUUGCAUGUGUUGUAGUAUAUUUAGCCCAAUGACUUGUCAACAGCAUAUCGCUGAUGUUUCUAGAGCUAAUUGAUUUAAAAGACAGUCUUUCAAGGAUUGCUUCAUCAAACCUUGAGCUCUUCAUUUUACAGAAUUUUUGGAUCCAUUCCAGCGGGUUAUCCAGCCAGAAGAGAUCUGGCUGUAUAAAAAUCCUUUGGUGCAAUCAGACAACAUACCUACGCGUCUUAUGUUUGCAAUUUCAUUCCUUACGCCACUAGCAGUCAUUUUUGUGGUGAAAAUAAUCCGGCGAACAGACAAGACUGAAAUUAAAGAGGCUUUCUUAGCUGUUUCCUUGGCUCUAGCUCUGAAUGGCGUCUGCACAAAUACUAUUAAAUUAAUAGUGGGAAGACCGCGUCCCGAUUUCUUUUACCGCUGCUUUCCAGAUGGAGUAAUGAACUCUGAAAUGCACUGCACAGGUGAUCCAGAUCUGGUGUCUGAAGGCAGAAAAAGCUUUCCGAGUAUCCACUCUUCCUUUGCAUUUUCAGGCCUUGGCUUUACCACCUUCUACUUAGCUGGAAAGUUACACUGCUUCACGGAAAAUGGCCGGGGGAAGAGCUGGCGGCUUUGUGCAGCAAUUCUCCCACUCUACUGUGCCAUGAUGAUUGCCCUGUCACGUAUGUGUGAUUACAAACAUCACUGGCAAGAUGCUUUCGUUGGAGGGAUCAUUGGCCUCAUUUUUGCUUAUAUUUGCUACAGACAACACUACCCUCCUUUGGGUAAUACAGCUUGUCAUAAAUCUUACGUCAGCCUGCUAGAUCAGAACUCUGUGAAGAAAGAAGAGAGACCUACAGCAGAUAAUGCUACUGGCCUGCCUCUAGAGGGAAUAACUGAAGGUCCUGUAUGACUUUAAGAAAUGUGCAGAAUGAACUUUUAGCCUUCUCACAUUUCCUCCAAACUGGUCUUUUAACACGGUGUUUCUUACUGUACAUGUGUUUUCUUCUGUUUCUUUUCUUUUUAUAAAGAGAAAUUAAGUAUUUUAUUUUUAAUGCCAUAAUAUCAUCUUUUAAAGUUAAAUUUUCCAUUCAUAUUCACUUGCUGACUUAUCUGUUUUCAGUCUGCUGCAAACAGAUAGACUACUUGAGGGAAGGGGAAAGAACAUUAAUAAAAACAAUCCCAUGUGAAAAAUGGUUAAGAGAGUAAUUUUAAGAAGAUGUGGUUGAGGAUAUAGUAGAUCUGGAAACAGAUUUUCUGAAGUACUGAGUAUCUCCUAGAAAGUUCUGGUUGUCUUCAGCACUCAUUGAUUUUGAUGGGUGGUGAGUACACACAGCACUUUUCAUCAGAUGUUCAGCAUCUGUUGUGGCCAGCCAUUUCUUUAUAUAAUUUGGUAAGUUAGGGCGUCGUCCUUAUGUUUAUCUUGUUGCCUUCUAACAUUAAAAAAAUCUCCACAAGCUGGUAGAACUUCGUAUUAAUUGUCAAGUUUUGACAAGGUCAUUCUGAGCUACUAAUGAUCAAGCAGCCAAAAGUUAUGAAUGGCUAAGUGUUUGUAAGAGCCAAGCCUUGUGCAUUAGUAGUUCCACAGGAUGAUUGUGACAUUCAAGAAACUCCACACUGUUAAAAUUAUCAGCUUACAAUAACAUAUAUAUUCAUAGGAUGGAUUAGAAACUUGGUAUUACAUCAUCAGCAUUUUUUCGAGAGCUCUUGCAGUAAUUACCAUCAAAACAAAAUGAAAGAAAAGAACACCCAUGACAUUCAACAAGCUGAAGUCUUUAAAAGAAAUUUAAAAAAAUCCUAAAACUGUGAGGAUAAAGAAACACAAUGUCUUCUGUGAAUCUCGCUGUGCCAUGUUCAUUCUUGUGUAGUGACUCACUGCAGUAUUGGUGAUCUAAAGAAAUGCAAAGAUUUUCAUUUGUGACUUUGGGCGCACAACCAUGUAUGCUUGUGGUGGUCUCCAGCCCUGUAACAUAUCUAGAGGAAUGCUGGAGACAGUUCUCCACGAGACCCAUUCCACAUUUUCAGCUCAUCAUGUUCUUGAGCAUGGUGUUUGCGAAGGUUGGCUUGGUACCUGAAUUGAAACUCACCUGAAUCAAACCACUGUUGGUAUGGAGAAGAUUACUAAGUGUAUGACUUUAGUUAAUUUAUUAUUGGUAGGAUCCUGUUUUGUUAUGUAUGUACUAUGCAGUAUAUGUCACAUUCCUGUGAAAUGAUGUACCUUUGGAUGGCAGAAUGUCAGAUUCCAGAAUUUUUUUUCUUAGCUAUCCUGUGAAAAUGCAGGCAAAUGUUCCAGACCACAUCUUGGCAGUUGAACAUUUCUUGGCCAGAGCUGCUGGUUAAAGCGAUCAAGAUAGCGUUGAUCAACGACCAUUAUUACGGUGCUUUAGACUGGAGGAGACUGCUGCCAUAAUUAUAAUUUAUGUGUUCCUCUUGGAAUAUGUAUUGGCCUUGUAGGCAUUUUGUGAUUCAAACAGCUCAAUGUCUUUAUGUAAGGCUUGUCAUUUACUUUUCUCAAAGGUAAGCUUUGUAGAUUUUUUGAGAAGAGCUACUUCCUGAUUGGCAAUACUUGCAUUUUUAUAGAAAGCAAGUAAAUUAGAAUCCCUUUAAAAAUAAAUGUAAUAAUUGUGUACAAGAGGAUGCAACCUUACUAUGUAUAAACUUACAUGAUAUUUGGAAAUAACUAUAAAUAGGAAAUUACAUUAAGGAACAGAAUGUAAUAGGCAUGAACCCAGGAGAGUUCUGUAGAAAUUAGGCCUGAUCUACUCGUAGAACUGAUACCAGUUUGACUGCAUCAGUUAGAGGUAGGAUUUUUUACUGAAAGUUACAGUAUUCUGAGCUCUAGAAUAGAGACAGUUACCCAAACAUAACUGUGCUUUUGCUGGUGUAUAUAUGCUAGUUCACAAAACUAGCAUCAGCAAGGCAAAAUUAUUCUGGCAUUGCAUUUGCACUGGAUUUGACAGAACGCUCCUCUAGUGUAAUCGAGGUCUUAUUCUAGAAAUCCACAUGGUUUAGUGGAGGUUUAAUCUUUCUAUAAAGUUUUUAAACCAUCCUACAGAAUUCUGUAACAGGGAUAUCAUUUUCUAUUACUUCAUAUGGGAGGAUUAAUGAAAGCCCUAGAGUAAGGGUAUAAUGUCUUUACAUUGUAUAGGGCUUAGCCAUUAGCUUUUUCUUUCGGCAGGAACCCUAGUCUUCCAGGUUAUAUGCAAAUGUUAAAAAAAAAACUUAAAUCAAAAUUAGAAGUUUAAUACUGAUGCAUAGAGCAUUUUGCAUGUUUUUAUAUAGAUCUGGCUUAUUCUCAAAAAUGAGUGGGGCCUCCUAACUGUGCUGUACACAUUCCCAGUAUUUUAAUGGCUUUUGAUACAAACAAGCUAUCUUCUUUGGGACGGGGGAAGCUUGUACAGCCCUCAAAUGGGUAGUGGCUGUUAAAAGAUUGGAAUAUGAAGUGUAAUGCAGCAUAAAUACUUACACUGCGAGAGUACUUGGUAAACUUUGCAAAGCAGUAAAGAAUAACAUUUUAAUGGGAAUAAUUAAAUUGAAAGUCAUAAAAUAGACAAUGUAAAAGCUUUGAUUAAAAUGUAAUUAAAAUUAUGAAAGACUUAAUGAAUUGAAACUUGUGGAGGGAUCUGUAGGCGCUGUAAUUACCAGUGCAAAGUCAGUGUAGGGAAGGCAUUUUUGUGGAUCAAUGUAUCUUAAUCUCAUGCUUUCUCAAUGUGAAGGAAAUGUAAUGUUGUAACGCACCAAUAAAACAACACAUGAAUGUGGGUUUGUA